AUGAGCGCCCUCCCAUACGUGGGGUCUCCCACCCCUCACCAGGGGGCUGCCAGGGCCCAGGCUUACACAGAGGGGGCAGCCUGGGUUUGGCUGCUCAUCGGGGAGGGAGAGCCCACCUCCCUGACGCUAACACAGCCAUUAGGGCAGGAGGGGGGACUGGGGAAACGGGGCUUGGCGUGGGGGUUUGGGGCGAGGGACAGGGGCCACUGUGCCUGGCUGAUCAACUGUGCUUCUCCCUCUCUCCCUCCCCUCUCGCUCUCUAUCUUUCUCUUUUUCUCUCAGGCUGACUCGGGCCCUCGUGGGGUCAGUAGAGAGCGUCUGGGGUCAGAGGCGCCCCACCGGCAGGAGAAAGGUGGCCCCUCAGUCCCUGCUCACCUCAUGGGAAACCCCUAUGCCUUUGGCCUGAGCCCCGGAGCUGUCAUGCAGGACGCACGCUUCCAGCCCCUCAAUCUGCCCAGGCAGCUGCCCCAUGGAGUGCCCCCUGGUGGUGUACCAGAGGAGUACCUGCGGGGGUUCCGCCCCUACGCCACGGCCGAGGACCUCCGCAUGCCUUCUGGACUGCCCCUGGGCCUGGACCCCGCCACCGCCGCCGCCGCCGCCGCCUACUACCAUCCCUCCUACCUGCCACAUUCCUCCUUCGCCCCCUACAGGAUGGAUGAUCCGUUCUGUCUAUCAGCUCUGAGGUCACCGUUCUACCAGCUCCAAGGAGGGGGAGGCCUGCCCCCCCUGCACCCCUCUGCUGUCCACAUGCACCUGCAGGGGGUCCGCUACCCUGGGGACCUCACACACGCAUCACUGUCCGCUCUGCAGUCUGAGAGACUGUCUGAAAGGCUCCAGAUGGAAGAUGAGCUCCGACAGCGAGAGAGGGAGCGCGAGCGUGAACGAGAGCGCGAGAAAGAGAGGGAGCGUGAGGCGGAGCGAGAGAAGGAGCGGGAGAGAGAAAGAGAGAGGGAGCGAGAAAGAGAGAAGGAGCUGGAGCGGGAGAGAGAGCGUGAGCGGGAGAGGGAGCGGGAGAGAGAGAAGGAGCGAGAGAGAGAGAGGGAGAUGGAGAGGCAGAAGGAGAGGCAGAAGGAGAGAGUGAUGAGAGAGAAGGAGCUACAGUCCAAGGCAAUGGAGAGUCACUACCUGGCUGAGCUCCAUGCCAUGAGAGGACAGGAGGACAGAACCAAGCCUGAGAGACUCACCCUCAACCGGCCAGACAAAACCAAAGAGCCCGCCCUCCAAGCUCCUAAGCCAAUGCCACCAGGCCUCCACUCCUCCCUGAGCCAAUCACAUCACGGUGUUCCCGGCCUGGUCUCCGCCCAUGGCCUCUACCUGGGGCCCGGCGGCGUGGGGGUGGGGCUCACCGCCGCCAUGAUGCUCCAGCGGACCAAUGAGGAAGAGCGCUGGUUGGCGCGGCAACGGAUGCUUCGCCAGGAGAAGGAGGAUCGUCAGUACCAGGUGUCAGAGUUCAGACAGCAGGUCUUAGAGCAACACCUGGACUUGGGACGACCUGGGGAGGGAGGAGAGCUACGCUCAGACACACACAGAUCCAUACCAAAUCACCACGAACCGGGUGGCCGUGACCUCCACCCCCACCUGGGUGCCCCUCCCCCCCUCAUAUCCCCCAAACCCCUCCAGUCGCGCGACCACCCCCACCCCCCUCUCCCCACCACCCUGUGGAACCCCGCCGCCCUCAUCGAUACCGCUUCAGACUCACGACGCACCACCCACCAUGACCCACCGGGCUUGGGCCACUACGACCUCAGCCGCUUGCCUCCCAAACUGGAGGAUGGGCUCCGGAGGGGAAGGGACCGGGACGGGGGCCUGGAGAAGUACCAUCCCCCUCUCCGAGGCCCCCCGGGGCUGCCUGAGCCCAGCACCUUUCUGGCAGAGCUGGAGAAAUCCACCCAGACCUUCUUCAGCCAGCAGAGGGCCUCGCUGUCCCUGCCCAGCCAGUACGGAGAGCUGGGGGGAGGGAUGAAGAGCAGCGGGGCCCUGAAGAGCCUUCAGGGGCCCUCAGGGAUGGGGAGACAAAGCCAGGCCCAGGGACACAGUCUGGGCCAGGGAAUGGGGCCUGAGUCUGGCCUAAUGUACGAUGAGUUUCUCCAGCAGCACCGUAGGCCUGUCAGUAAACUGGACCUGGAGGAGAGGAGGAGGAGAGAGGCCAGGGAAAAAGGUUACUACUACGAGCUUGAUGACUCGUAUGAUGAGAGUGAUGAGGAGGAGGUCAGAGCCCACCUCAGGAGGGUAGCAGGGCAGCCCCCUCUCAAACUGGACGACUCCACGGAGAAAGUGGACUUCCUGUGUGUGUUUGGUCUGACCACGGUGUCACGACGCGACCACCUGGUGCAGCAGAAGAGGAGGAAGAGGAGGAGGAUGCUGAGGGAGCGCAGCCCCUCGCCCCCGGCUGUGCUGUCCAAACGCACCCCUCCUCCCCCGGCCCCCCUCAGCACCCACUUCACCCCAGAGGAGAUGGACAGAGCCCCCGAACUGGAAGACAAGAAACGCUUCCUCACCAUGUUCAGCCUGUCCCACGUCUCUGUACAGCAGAGGAGAGAUAAUGAGACAGUGGUAGAAUUGCUUCAGGCCAUUAAACAAAAGAGCGUAACCUUGGAUACCAUCAGACAUGCCCCUCAACCCCUAUGUAAGACCCCCCAAGCACAGAACUCAGAUCCUGCCUCAACGCUUUCCAGCGAAUCAGAUGAGCCACUCAGUGUCAGUCCCUCCUCCCCCGGCGGACUCCUGGGGCAGUCUAAACCCCCCUCCUCCUCUGACGCACUGAGACCAAAGGACCCCCCUCCUCCACUCCCCUACCCGGAAAAGACCCGUGGGCUCCCUGAGGGCCCCCCCUCCAAGAGGACCUCGUCAUCCAGCCUGCUGAAUAGCCUGCGGCCCCCCAUGCAGCCUAAAGACGCUCCCCCCAGCCUGAACGGCCGGACCAAGCCCUGGGAGAGCUUUACUGCUGAAGAGUUUGCCCAGCAGUUCCACGAGUCUGUCCUCCAGUCCACACAGAAGGCCCUGCAGAAGCACAAAGGUGGAGCCACAGUGAUCUCAGUGCCCUCUCACCUCCAGGACUCCUCCGUGCACUACAACAUUCCAGAGCUGCAGAGCACCCCCAGCCGGCCGCCCCCGCCACACACACACCCUCACACACACCCGCACGCACACUCCAUCCAACACCCGCACUCACACCCGCACCCCCAGCCCAAUGGGCAGCACUGCCCCCCGCACCCCCACCGAGAGCCCCCAGGAGCGAGGGAGGAGCAGUCUGCACCAGAGGACUCAGAAGAAGACGAGGAAGAGGAGGAAGAGGAGGCCCCAGUACCCAGGUGGCAGGGGAUUGAAGCGAUCUUUGAAGCCUAUCAGGAAUACAUUGAAGAGCAAGGUGUGGAGCGCCAGGUGCUGCAGAGCCAGUGUCGGAGACUGGAGAACCAGCACUACAACCUGAGCCUGACAGCAGAGCAGCUCUCCCACAGCAUGGGGGAGUUGAUGUCUCAGAGACAGAAGUUGGCGGUGGAGAGGGAGAAGUUACAGGCCGAGUUGGAGCACUUCAGGAAGUGUCUGACGCUGCCGCAGCCCCACUGGGCCAGGGGAGGGCACUACAAGGGUUACCCCCCCAGGUGACAGCUCCACAGGAGAGAGGGAUGGAUUCAUGGAUUCAUUGAUAGAUGGAUGGGGCUGCCGCCAGCCUGCCAGGGACGGUGCCACCAGCCAGUGGUCUGUGCUAACCCUGGGGUCAGAGGGAGCAACGGGCACGUCACACACGGGGCAAAGCUCUAGGACGGCAUGGUCAACACACACACAAACAUACAGAAGAACACACUCACACCAUUCUCUUCAGCAGGCACCAGUUACUCUCUUACAUUGCAGUCCCAGCCCCAUCCUGGGCUCACCUCACAGCCACGCCCACACAGACAAUCCUGCAACCGGAGAGCAGCUCAGCCCUAGAAUGGGUGUGGUCACGUGACAGAGCGCCAUCUACCACCAAUCCAAUGCCCUACCUCUGGCCAAUCGGACAGGACUGAACCUCCCAGCAUCUCUCCUGGCGGCAGGUCAGGCCAGCUUUCAAACUUGAAAUGCACUUAAAGAGAAAGACCUGAAGAACUACCUGGUGGUACUGUGUUACGACAAAGAACUGUUCAAAUUAGGGAAGAACUUACAAAAUGCACAUUUUGGAAUGAAUAAAGGAAAUGUUUUAUUUCGAGAUGAGAAUAAGAAUUUAAAAGGUGCUUCAGCCUUGUAUUGUAAAUAAUAUUAAGACUAAAAAUAAUUUUGUAUGUUUUUAUUACUUUAAUCAUUGUUCUAUUAAGAAGAAGAAAAUAAGCCUGUCAUUUUUUUAUAUGUUCAUGCUUUUUUGGUUGAAACAGAAAGCUUUGCUUUUAGUGUUUGUUCUGCUGCUGUUCAGGACUGCCCUGUUCGGGGGUGUAGAUUGAAGGAGAAAAGGAGAGAGAGAACAUGCUCCAUUCCUCUCCUCUCCCCCUUUGACCCAGCCAUGUGUUCUGCCAUAGCAGCAGCCUGAGCUCCAGCCACAGCCCUCCCUCCCCUGGCCUCCAGGCCCCGUAAGGCUCACUGAGAUGGGGGUAAGACCUAACUCCAGGCCCCACAGGCCUCCCAGAUCCAUGCACUCCGCCAGAACACCAGCCCCACACAGAACCCCUCCUGUCAGGAACAGCAUGUUUUACCACUCUCCCUGUGUGAGUAGUUACCCAUGGGAAAGAGUGAGUGACAGCUACAGUUACAAUGUCAUCCUUUACUUUCUCUCUCUCCUUUUCCCCCCUUCAGCUCUAGUCCAGGGAUGAGCCCUUAGUAGAACUGUUAACUGAUAACUAGACCCGUCUCUCUGGACCUUAUCAUUAAGCACGAGGGGCACAACACACAUUAUGAUGAGACAUUCAUAUCACUGAACCCACAGAGAGGAGGGAACAAUGCAGACAAUACCACGUCAAGAUUCUUCUCCUUUGUGUUUGCCAUAAAAGGAAAUAGUGCCAAAAAGUAGCCCUCCCUCGCACAAAAUAUCAUGCGACUUUUUUAAACCUCCAAAUAGAGUAAUUAAACUAACUCCCUGAAUUUAAAUGACCAUCCCACUUCUAAACAUAUUAUAUUACUACAUUGAUCCCACUUAUCAUAAUGUCAAAUCCCUUGCCAACAAUUGGUUAAUGGACAAUUGUUUUUCACUUGAGGGCCUUCAAAUCCAAAGUCAAUGAAAGGUUCUCUUUUGCCAAGUAUAUGAAUCCUUGUCCUGCUCUGCACUGUGCAUCUAUAGUGUGUGUUUUCAUGCCUACAUCAGUCCACCUUGCUGCUGGCCAUAGCUGUCUCCUGUGCCUCAGUACCCCUGUUCCCCAGUCUCUCUAUUCCCCUACCUUCCUUCUGUGGGAGUGUCUGGCCUUUUAGCCUUGCAGGAGGACCUCCGGCAGCAUAGAUCGCAAUGCAGCGUGGGUAUUGUAGUGCUGUCAGUCAGAGUUGACAAGGCUGAGUAUGUAGUCCUAAACGGGUUCUGUUUGAACUCCAGUCUGAUGCUGUGGAUGUGAGAUGGCAGGGAGGGGAGGGUGGCUGCAGGUCUGGUCCCUACAUCCCUCUUUGUUCCACUCCUGGUGAGCUCUCAAAGGAACACCCAGUUAGGGAGGCGGAACCAUGUUUACAGACCAGAGCAGAGCUACGAUAGGAGCACCACUUGUCAAUCAGACAGCAAGCGCUACCACUGAGUUAAGCAGCCAAUGAGUUAGCGGGAGGACGUUAGGCCCUUCCCCAGAGCCUCCUUACUCUACCACGCACGCACACGCAAUAGCCCCCUUACUCUAUGGAGGAUGUCUAGACUCUAGAUGCUGUGAAACUCUGAUUUUAAAAUGUACUUGUUUGAAUUAAUUGUAAUGUAAUAUAUUAUUUGUUGAAUGUAGUAAUUAGGUAUUUAUGAAUAUAUUGCUGUAAUUUCAGACAAAAAAAUAAAAGAAAAUA